AUGCAGACGACCAAUCACCUCUUCUCCGUCAACGCAAAGAGAGAGCUGGAAGCGAUGCUGGAAGUAUCCGAGGCGGAAGGCCGCCUUUCACUCACGAAAGUAUUGCCAGGGCCAUGGGAUGCGGCACAUACGACGGCAGACAGGGCGCGGCUGGUGCAAGAGGUGCAAUGGGCCUAUGCACGCGGCAGCAACAUGCAGCAAGUUGCGGCCUGGCAGCACAAGUAUGGCAAACGCGGCCUCAGCAGCAACUUGGCUGUGCCACAGGUGGUGAAUAUGGGCUCCGGGAGCAAAACCGUAACUCGCGUCGACAUGCGCGUUAUCGUAGCUGAUCCAGAGGACGCUGCGAGACUCUCCAGAAUACAUGUGCAGAAGGACGGAGGGUUUGAGUCCGCCUUGAUGACGAGCGUCAUAUCCACGACAGACAACCAGGAAUGGAAAGAUCAGAGACAGCACCUUCUGGAGGCGUUCUUGCCUUUGUCGUCGUUGGCGCAGAUCAUGCCCGUAUCAUUUGCGCGAGCCAGAAGCUGCACAGCGAGACUGAUGGACGCAGCCUUGAAUGGCACUCCUGUGGAUAUGAGCGACUUCCUCCUGCACGAAGCUCAAGCUCAGUUGCAGCUGGCUUUGUUAGGUGUGCCGGAGGAUCUCAUGAGCAGUGUCAACGCCGAGAUGCGUUCUGCGUUUAGUGGGAAUCAAGACGGCAACAAGAGCAAUGCCCUGGCCGAUGCCAUGUCAAAGAUUGUCGCAAGCUUGGAAAAGCAGGAUCUGACACUUCCAAGCUCGGGCUGUCCAGUCAAGGGGCCAUUGUCACAAGUCUUGCGCACAGCCAACCUCACACCAGCAGGCUUCUACGGGAAUCUCCUGCUCAUCUUGUUCGCGGGGCAUGACACAACAGGGCACACCAUGACUUGGUUGCUCUUUGAACUUGCACGCAAUCCAGGCAUCCAGAGUGCUGUGCAAGAUGAAGUCGACCGCUUUUUGGAAGCCCUGCACGGGAAAGAUCCCAGCUACCAAGACCUCAGUCGGCUUGAGUUGAUGGACAGGUGCAUCACGGAAACGCUACGACUCUGGCCUGCUGUUGCCAACGGAACGUUUCGGCGGCUACAAAUGGGAGAUUCAGUCAAAGGGGCGGAUGGGAAGGAUGUCUUUCUGCCAAAGGGCACGGCGAUCAACAUCGUGAAUUGGUCCAGACAUAGGAAUCCAGAUGUUUGGGGCCCAGACGCGAAUCGCUUCAAUCCUUAUCGCGACUUCUCUGCCUGCGAGCUGGCGCAUGUUGGCUGCCCCAUGGCCGCUACUAACCCUCAGUCGGAGCGGUUCUCACCCUUUGCACACGCACCUCGCAGCUGCCUGGGGCGAAACUUUGCGCAGAUGGAGAUGAGGGUUAUCAUGUUGAACCUGCUCCGCAACUUCACUUUCACGCUUGCCCCUCCCUACGACGAGGUGUAUUCCAAGAUCAGCACAACGGAAGCUACCGAGUUUUACGGCGUGAACCGCUUUACCAUGGGCCCAGUUGACCUGGAGCGUGAAGUUGUGCGCUUGCACUGCGACCGUGGGGAUCACGAAAAGGGCCGUGCCAACACGCGCUUGAAGGCGAUUCCCCCAAAGGGCUCGCUCCACCCCUUCGUGUGCCGGAUGCUGAGCCAGGACCACAUCAACGAGGAGGAUGAUUCCUUGCAUGUUGGCGUGGAGAUCCUGGAAACAAUCAGGCAAGUGAGCCAGGCCGCCAGUGAGCCGGAAGCUUCCGAGGCUACCCAAGGUGCAGAAGAAAGUCCCAGGGACAUGCCGUACAGCAACGGCGUCCUGUCCUUCCAGCGCCAUGUCAACCAUCGAGUCUUGUCUCAAGUGAGGAAAGAGGUUGACAAGAUGCACUGCAAGAUGGUCAAGCGUGUCGAGUGGCUGCUGUCCGAAGUCGACCAGCUGCCGCGGCUCUUCCCCCAUGACCAACCAAUCUGCAGCCCGGUUUUCUCAGCCGGGGGCGUUGACGGCAUGCAGUUCAUUUUCUACCCCAUGGGGUACCGAGACUCCACGGAGGGCUUCUGCUCCCUCUUCCUCUACUGCCCUGCGGGCGUGAACAUCAAGUGCAACCUCAACGCCGGCAACCAGAAGCGAGAUGCCAGCAACCACUUCAGGGAAGCCGGCGCCUUCGGCCGCUGCAACUUCUGUCGCGCCUCGACAGCGCGGUGGACUCGGACACCAACACGGCCCUACUGUGGCUUGAGAUUGAGGAGCUGA